GCGUGUUAGGCUGUUUCCCUUGGCUCAGGGGCAGGAGGCGGCUGUUGGGGAGGGGGGGAUUCGCGGCCUGAGGCAGCGAUAAAUUGCAUUUUAAUUCGGAUUAAGGAUUCUGUACUUGUCUCUAUAGGGGGUGGGUGUGACUAGGGAGCGAUACUUGGAACCGUAGCUUUCGCCCAUUACGUCGCCUGGUGGUAGCGUAGGCAGUCUGCUCCGCCUCCCCCGGUUUUCCCGCCUCUUUUCACUGCUGGCUUAGACGGCCAUUAAUAUAAGGUUUUCCCGGGGAAGAAGGGAUAGCUGGGAUUUUUCUCCCCCCCUCCCUUCUAUAAUAAGAGAAUACAUACGCUUGGGCCUCAUUUCUCCCAGCCCCCUCCUUCAGCAACCCCCACCCUCCAUAAAGCGGCCUCCCGGGGGUCUCAUACAAAGGAAGCCGCUCGCCCCCCCUCAUCUCCCACCUCUUUCGGUUGUUAUUGCUGCUUAGUCUCCGCAGGAACCAUGUCCAGGCCGGUCAGGAACAGAAAAGUGGUUGAUUAUUCACAAUUCCAGGAUUCUGAUGAUGAGGAUUAUGGAAGAGAAUCUGCUCCCCCUUCUAAGAAAUCUCGGUCAUCUCCUAGAGAGGUGAAGGAGAAAAGAUCUGGCAAAAAUUCACAGGAAGACAGUGAGGAGUCAGAGGAAAAAGAAGUCAAGAAAACCAAAAAAGAGGGCGGCUCUGCAGAGGAAGACUUUGGCAGUGAUGAUGAUGUGGCAGCAGGGGACGGAAAAGCAGAUAGUGACUAUGAGAGUCCAAAAAAGAGUAAAAAAGUAAAAAAACCAACACCUGAAAAGAAACGUGCUUCUAAAGGAAGGAAGCGAUCAGCCCCAGAUGACAGUGACGAUGAAAAGGAACAACGGAAAAAUGUCCGUCAACAACGGCAAGCUGCAUCCAAGGCUGUUUCAAAGCAAAGGGAGAUGCUAAUGGAAGAUGCUGGGAGUGAAGAGGAGGAGCCAGAGGAUGAAGAUGAAGCACAGUUUUUGGAAAAAGAUUCUGGGAGUGAUGAAGACUUCAUGGUGGAAGAUGAUGAUGACAGCGAUUAUGGUCGAUCAAAGAAGAAGAAGAAAAUUGUGAAAAAAUCUAAGCCUGAAAAAAGGGAGAAGAAAGUCCCGAAGCCUAGGCUAAAAGCUACAGUUACCCCAAGUCCCGCAAAGGCCAAAGGAAAGAGUCGCCCUGCAGCAGCAAAGGCGUCAAAGGAAAAACCUCCAUCACCCAAAGCAGAGGAGGAGGAGGAGGAAGAGGAGGAUGAUGAGCCACAGACACCACCCCCAGAGAAGAAACCUGCCAGCCCUCAGCAAGAGAAGUCUGGUGAAGAGGCAUCUGAUGAAGAAGCGCAGAGUACAGAAGACUAAAUUGUUAAGAGGGUGUGAGGGUGAUUGUUUGGGGAGAUUUUAUUAAAAAAAAAAAAAAGAUAUAAAAAAAAAAAGCCAACAACAAAACAGACUUGGUUUAGAACCUGAUUUAGGCUAUUGCUUGACUUUUUCACCUCCAACUCUGUCUUUAAUAAUUUCUGUUUUAAGAGUUACAUACGCGCUUUUCUAUUUUAUCCAGCAAAAGGUGAUACUUUUUGCCAUUUUUGGGGUUAAUGGUUGCUCCCAUCACCUGUCUGAAAUAAAGUCAUGCACAUUUUUAAUAAGUUUGCAUCGCUGAUAUAUAGUCCCUUUAUUUUUGUCAUUUGUUUUUACAUUACUCAUUAGCAUUUUAGUGAUCUGAAUGGUAAUCUGGAAUUUGGAAUGUUCUCUGCUGUUCAGUAGAUUCAUUUGUAUGUGGUCAUUUCCCUCUGCCAGUAACCAAUGGGAAGCUAGCCAUUGUACCAUUUUAUAGUUUUUCCUAAAUGUUGACACUAAUGUGGUGUUUUUUUUUUUGUUUGUUUUUUAAAUUUUGUUUUAUAUAAUGGCAUGGGUAUUCCCUUUCUGUCACAGUUCAAACCUUCAUGGGGAACUGAACUCCAGCAAAUGGUAUACCUCUAAGCUCUAACAGAUUUAAGCUGUGCAGUGCUGUAUUACCCAAAUGUACUGCUGAGGUUUUCACGGUUUGACCUUCCUGCCCAUGCAGGGAUCUUAAAAUCACAAUUUACCUUUUUGGAUUGACAAUUUUGAAGGUACUGACAAAAGAUGUGUAUUUAAUUUUUGUCAGAAUAAUGUAAACGAUGUGUAAUUUUUAAUUGUUGGAAGCCAUCUUAUAAAAAGUUGAAAGUGAUCUGUUAUACGUUUCAAUUUUCUCCUUUAUUGUAAAGAAGCUGGUUAUAAUAUGAAAAUAAAUCAUGAACAUGCA